AGCAUUUACUGGUGUUUAUUUGGACAACCAUAAAGACGGCACCUAUCGUUGUAUUGUUUGCAACCAAGAGCUUUUCUCUUCAUCUACAAAAUUCGACUCAGGAAGUGGUUGGCCAUCAUUUUAUGACAUCAUCCAAUAUGGAGCAGUGAAGGAAAACGUUGAUACAUCUCUUGGAAUGAGAAGAACUGAGAUCGUUUGUGCCCAGGUAGAGUUCCGUGCGGAUGAGCAAUUGUUUCACAAGUUUUUCUUAACACCUUAUUUAAAAGCAAGGUUCUUCAGAAGAAAAAAACUUUCGACUUUUUCGUGAGUCCGGUUGAAAAAUUACCUGCUAUAUAAAUAUACACCAAUAUUGUAUGCAAUUCAAAGCAGUUCUGAUAGUUUAGAGCACAGUCAAGUAUAUGACCUUCUUUAUCAACUAAAGGCAACUUGCUCAUUUUUCUUGCUUAGUGCGGAGCUCAUCUAGGCCACCUUUUUAAAGAUGGUCCCCAGCCAACAGGGAAAAGAUACUGUAUAAAUUCUGCAUCUUUAGACUUUCAGCAGGGAAAAAAGGACGAAAAAGGUAUGUACAAAGGUACAACACAGGUUAUUUUUAAACUAUAUAUAAUUACUUGGGCAUUUACCCUAUAAGUCCUAUAACUAUAGGCCCUUUGCUUGCUCCAGUAUAGUGAAGCAAGAUUUUCAGAUUCUCGACAUCCCAUCCUAUAAAAGUUAGUACAUGAGGAUUAUCUUAAUGUACAUUUAACUUUAUAGAGAAAAGGCCCUCUUCAAAACUUUUCCUAUAACUCGCAUGCCUAGUUACUAUUGUUAUAGUACACAGAAGCAUAGCCAUAGAAUAGAACAAAGGUAACUAAGCUUUAAAAUUAUCUACAUUAGUGAAUGACUCUUUACACAUACAUGUAUAAUUCUAAUGCUUAGUUACGUUUGUUCUAUUCUAUGCUUCUGUAAAUUAGAACAAUAGUAACUAGUUGUGAUUUGGGUAGCAACGACCUAAACAACGUUAGCCAAAUUUGUCUAUAAUACAAUUUUAUCGUGGAAUUUCCUUGACUUAGAUGCAAUUACUUGAAUAAAUCGCGAGAUUUCGUGAAGAGCAACAGUUUUAGAUUGGUAGGAUGAUUAAUGUCCAAUACCCAUGCAAGAUGUCCGAUGGAAAAAUGAAAAGGCCAUUGGACAUUCCAUUUGUCAAAUGGAUCUCUAUUUGUCCAUUGGAAUUUUGUUUGUCCAUCGGAUCCAAUGGACAAGUGGAAUUUCCAUCGGACAUUUGCGUUUUCAGUUGGUGAAUUACCAUGUAUUACACUGACGUAAUGACAAGCACAUGGACGUCAUGUAGAUAUACAAGGCCAUUAAGAUAGCCAAACGAAUUGUCCAUUGGAUCCAAUGGAUCCAAUGGACUUGGAAAUGUCCACUGGAAUUUUGUUUGUCCAUUGGAUCCAAUGGACAAGUGGAAUUUCCAUCGGACAUUUGCGUUUUCAGUUGGUGAAUUACCAUGUAUUACAAUGACGUAAUGACAAGCACAUGGACGUCAUGUAGAUAUACAAGGCCAUUCAGAUAGCCAAACGAAUUGUCCAUUGGAUCCAAUGGACUUGGAAAUGUCCAUUGGAAUUUUGUUUGUCCAUUGGAUCCAAUGGACAAGUGGAAUUUCCAUCGGACAUUUGCGUUUUUAGUUGGUGAAUUACCAUGUAUUACAAUGACGUAAUGACAAGCACAUAGACGUCAUGUAGAUAUACAAGGCCAUUGAGAUAGCCAAACGAAUUGCCCAUUGGAUCCAAUGGAUCCAAUGGACUUGCAGAUGUCCAUUGGAAUUUUGUUUGUCCAUUGGAUCCAAUGGACAAGUGGAAUUUCCAUCGGACAUUUGCGUUUUCAGUUGGUCAAUUACCAUGUCCUUCAAUGACGUAAUGACAAGCACAUGGACGUCAUGUAGAUAUACGAGGCCAUUGAGAUAGCCAAACGAAUUGUCCAUUGGAUCCAAUGGAUCCAAUGGACUUGCAAAUGUCCAUUGGAAUUUUUUUUGUCCAUUGGAUCCAAUGGACAAGUGGAAUUUCCAUCGGACAUUUGCUUUUUCAGUUGGUCAAUUACCAUGCAUUUCAAUGACGUAAUGACAAGCACAUGGACGUCAUGUAGAUAUACAAGGCCAUUGAGAUAGCCAAACGAAUUGUCCAUUGGAUCCAAUGGAUCCAAUGGACACCGUGUUUUCCGUUGGAAAAAUAUUUGUCAGAUGGAUCAAAUGGGCAAGUGUUUUGCGUGCGGGCAUAUUGCUAAAACAGUUAGCGAAUAGUGGCUGCUAGCAUAUUGAAAUAUGCAAUCAUAGUUGUUUUCACUAUUUAUUUUUGCGUUCUUGUUAAAGUGUGUAAAUCUACAUAAUUCAAAUUACCAUGUGACUAUUAUUGCUACAGACAUGUAUAUUUGAGGUUUGGGCAAUGGUUAUUAGUAUAAAACGUUCUGCUGCUUGGCUGUUUACUACAUUUUACUGUAAUAUAUGUCAAAUGUCACUCAAUUCUAUCCGACUAGUAUUAAAGAUUUUCUUUUGCACUUUCGUUCGCGCGUAGUGACUUUGACUUAAAAUGCGUUUAGACAUUUUAAAGAUGUUAUAGUCAUAGACGCGAAAGCAGGAUUAAAAUGCUGAAGUGGGCAAGUGAUUGAUUCGUACGGGCAUAUCGCAAUAGCAGUUAGUGAAUAGUGACUGCUAGCAUAUUGAAAUAUGUAAUCAUUCUUGCUUUCAUUCAUUUUUGCGUUCUUGUUAAGUUUUUAUUUUCCUACUUGUAUUUUUAGUGUAAAUGUAGAGAAUAAGAAUUACCAUGUGAGUACAGCUACAGAGUAUAUUGGGCAAAGGUUAUUAUCAGUUUAAAUUUAUAAACACAACAGCAUGAAACAUGAGGCCGCCGCGAAAUUCUAUCCGACUAGGAUUAAACAUUUUCGGCGUUUCCAUGCAGUAUUGUCUGUAUUGAUAUUAUGAUAUAUAACUAUUAAACAUAUAUGUCGUGCGUAGUGACUUUGGCUUUAUACGUUAAAAAUACGUUGACGAAAAGAUUUAAAAAUGUUGGAUUUGAACACAAGCUUGCGAUAGCUUACGCUUGGAGUUGUGGUUAAGUGUCGAUGCUUAUUAAGUACCCCACUGCAUUUAAUUUAUUUGUUUUGCAUUUGCAACGUAAAAUACGCUUGCAUGCAUUGUUAUUGAACCCUUAUAGGUUGAUAACACAAUUAAACUUUAUAUAUAGAAUAUAAGGCAUAAGGUAAUAUCUCAAGUUGGUAUAUAUACCCCUAAAAAUAUGCGAUAGGCUCACGGCAUAAUUGUUCUGUGGCAAAUAUAUUCUUCAACAAACCCUAGAAUAUAUUUAUAUAUGUCCAUCUUCAUAUCUACAUAGAACUUUAUUUAGAUUAAUAGAACUUUGCGUUCGAAAUGAAGUGAACUAGAUAUAGGCAGAGCGCAAGAAGAUGACCAGGAGCCGGAGGCAAUUAAUUAAAGGAAACGUUAUAAUUAAAUGCAUCAUAAGACGUCGUAUUCCGACAAAAAACAACAUAUUAUAUUGAUAUAUUGCGUGUAGGUUUCUUAAUUUAAGAAAGAAAGAAAGAACAACAUAUUAUAUUGCUAUAUAAUAUAUUGCGUGAGUUAAGAACGAAGCAACAACAUAUUAUAUUUAUAAAGUCUGUUCCCACGACGGUUAUAUCCUGCGCAUAAGCGGUAGUUUUAGCAGCUUUGACUAAAGUCAUGUUUACAUUAAGCAAGUGCUAUAUUAGCUAUAUUGAUAUAUUGCGCGUCUCUUGAGAACAAAUUAAGCAACGACGUAUAUAGCAUAUUAGCCUAUGCUUUGCUGUAUUGCGUGAUUUCUCAACCGAAUGAACGAACAACAUAUUAUAUUGAUAGCCUAUAUUGCGUGAUUUCUUAAGAACGAAGCAACAACAUACUAUAUUAUUAUUGAUAUAAGGAUCUUCACGUUCCCGUGUUAUUUACGUGGUCUCUUGAGAACAAAGGAAAAUUAUGUUGAUAUAUAUAUUGCGUGAGUUCUUAAGAAAGAAGCAACAACAUAUUGUUAUAUCAUUGAUAUAGGCUAAGAAAUGUCUAUAUUGACUUGCAUAUUAUUUUUCCAUUGGAUCCAGUUGAUCUCUUGAGAACGAAGCAACAGCAUAUUAUAUUGAUAUAUUGCGUGUAGGUUUCUUAAUUUAAGAAAGAAAGAAAGAACAACAUAUUAUAUUGCUAUAUAAUAUAUUGCGUGAGUUAAGAACGAAGCAACAACAUAUUAUAUUUAUUUAUUCAUAUAAGGAUCUUCCCGUUCCCGUGUUAUGUACACGUGGUCUCUAGUUGACAAAGAAGCAAAAUUAUGUUGAUAUAUUGCGCGAGUUCUUAAGAACGAAGCAACAACAUAUUAUAUUUAUUUAUUCAUGUAAGGAUCUUCCCGUUCCCGUGUUAUGUACGCGUGGUUUCUUGAGAACGAAGCAAAAUUAUGUUGAUAUAUUGCGUGAGUUUUUAAGAUCGAAGCAAUAACAUUUUGUUAUAUUAUUGAUAUAAGAAAUGUCUAUUGACUUCCAUAUUAUUUUCCCAUUGGACCGAUUGACAGGUAAUUUUCCAAUGGAAAGGCUAUUUUGUCCAUUGUAUACUAAUAUUAACCUUCGCCCAAACCUCAACUAUACAUGUCUGUAGCAAUAAUAGUCGCAUUGUAAUUUUAAUUAUGUAGAUUUACACACUUUAACAAGAACGCAAAAAAAUACUCAAAAGAAGUAUGAUUGCAUAUUUCCACAUGCUGAAGCCACUAUUCGCUAACUGCUGUAGCAAUUUUAUGCCCGCACGCGAAAUCACUUGCCCAUUUGAUCCAUCUGACAAAUAUUUUUCCAACGGAAAACGCGGUGUCCAUUGGAUCCAUUGGAUCCAAUGGACAAUUCGUUUGGCUAUCUCAAUGGCCUUGUAUAUCUACAUGACGUCCAUGUGCUUGUCAUUACGUCAUUGAAAUACAUGGCAAUUCACCAACUGAAAACGCAAAUGUCCGAUGGAAAUUCCACUUGUCCAUUGGAUCAUUCCAUUUGUCCAUUGGAUCCAAUGGACAAGCAAAAGUCCAAUGGAAAAUUGGAGGUCCAUUUGAUCCAUUUGACAAAUGGAAUGUCCAAUGGCCUUUUGAUUAUUCCAUUGGACAUCUUGCAUAGGUAUUGGACAUGUAUGGAUUGGAUAUACAAGGAUGCAUGAUGGAAUUAGGUUCGGGUUCGAUUAAGAUAGGACUUCUGGUUAGAUUAAGUUAGAACAGUGGUAGGAUUAAGGAAAUGAUUAGCGUUAAAAUAAGAGGUAGCUAGGAUUAGGAAUUUAGGAGAAGAUCACGAUUGUAUAAUGUUGCAUAUGUCUAUUGCAUUUGCAGUUUCAGAUACAUCGAGGGAAGAUUUGUGA